UCUAUCACCGAGGCAUCUAGUACCGCGUUUGCGCCCCACCGGUCUCUCGCUGCUAGAGACCAGCCAGUCAUCUGCCAGCCACAGCGUAGACUGUUAGAGCACUGCAACAUGGCGACUGGCCCGCCAGCGCCAUGACUCGCGCUCCCGCGCGUCCACCAUGACCUCUCUCGUCGCCCGCCACCACGCCGCCGAUCCGUCGCCCACUCGCUCUGUCGCAGGUCGUCGCGUGGCGAGGGGCCGCGAAGGGUCGACGUUGCUGUCGCCGCCGUCUUCUGCCCAGUCGCAGUCGCACGCAGCUGGUCGCACGCCCCCGCGGGAAUCGGAGGUUCGCAGGCGGGGAUCGGCGGAGGCGGCGGCGGUAGUGCGCGGACGGGAGGGCUACAGGGGGAGCGUUGGGGGCAUCGGCGUCGGGGGAGCGCUUCAAUUGCGCAGCCGCGCGGGCAGCAGGAUGAGCGCGGGGGGAAGCAGCGCGGGUGGGGAGCAGCCCAGCACCAGGGGUGGCGCGGGGCUGGAAAGUGGGGGAGGCGGAGGGAGGGCGGUGGGGCGGCGUGUGGCGGUAGUAGCAUUGGUGGCAGUGGUGGCGCUGAUGCCGCUGCUGACAUUCACGACGGUGCUGCAGCGAUGGCUGCACGCCGCGUCAGACGGCGAGGGGAAGCAGCCAUCCCUUGUGACACAUGCUGCCAUCCCCCACGCGGCUCGUGGCACUGAGAUCCCCGCAGCACCAGCAACGUUAGCCCCAGCCGCAGCAGCAGCAGGAUUCGAGCUGCCCUGGCCAGAGGACUCCAUGGCGCUGUGCCUCGUCGGGCAGCUACGAACGUUUGAGCUGACCGGGCCGUCCAUAGCGGCCAAUCUGCUGGGGCGGGAGGGCUACGGGCAGGCGGACGUGUUUGUGGUGGCGCCCCUCGAUGAGAACUCCGCCAAGCUCGUGGCGCUGGGGGGGGAGGGGGGGAUGGGGGGAGUGGCGGGUAUGGAGGAAGUGGGAGGAGAAGGAAAGGGAGGCCCGCGGGUGGUGUCAGUGCGGGUGUUUCCAGACUUCAAUGUGAACGAGUCUCUCUACCCCACGCACGCGCUCAAGGGGCUCGAGAACGGCCCGCAGGGGCUGCUGCAGCAGUUCAGCAUGGAGGCCAUGUGCGCCGCUGACAUCGCUCACAGGGAGCGCCGCUACAGCCGCCGCUACAAGUGGCUCAUGAAGGCGCGGCCUGAUUCGUUUUGGGCGGCGCCGCCCGCCCCGCUGGCCGGCAUGGAUUAUCAGAGCUUGACGGCGCCGGCCGGGCUGGACUUUGGUGGGGUGAAUGACCGGCUGGCGGUGGUGCCGCGGGCGGCGGGGCGGGCGGCGUUUUCUCGGCUGCACAUGCUGGGUGCCGUGAACGAGGGCAGUGGUGAAGAGGGCAAGUAGGACUCACUGUCCGUCCUUGAGUC